ACACUCCCGGGCCCCUCUCUAUCGCUCACACGACGCCAUGGCGGACAGGGUUUUCUGGGCGCUCACGUGCUCGCUGCUGUCGCUCAGCGGCUGCGUCUUCCUCGUCCUCGUGGGGGUGCUCGUGCACCUGCAGCCGCAGUACAUGAAGCUCAGCAAGAGCGUCGAGGGCCCCGCGCCCAUCUUCGAGUCCGCGUGCCUCUACGCCACGCUCUUCCUCGUGUCCUCGGCCGUGUACUACAAGGAGACGCGCAAGGGCGACCAGGAGCGCUCCGACCUGGGCGCGUCCACGUCCGACGAGCGCCAGAGUCUGCUGGACAAGCCCAUGGUGAGCUACAGCUGACGGACGGGUGACGGCUUUCGGUGGUGACUUUUAAUUUUCAUUUAGCUUUUUUCUUCUUUCUGUCUUUCUGGACGUCGGUGAGCGCGUCCAAGAGCUGGUUAAUGUGAAUGCAAUGACUAUAGUUUUG